AUGGUAGAACACGCGCCCGACGACUGCUCUCAGUCGAGCGCUAUGCAGACUCUCACACCGCAACCGCAUAGAGAUGCGGAUGAGGAGCAACUCGCCGACGAGUACGUUCAAAACUUUGAACUGGAUCAUCUCGAAGAUCAAUUGGUUAAACGCGAGCCGCUGAGGUCGGGAUGGCACGAUCUCGCUGAAGUCCUCCCGGCCUGCGCCCGCGCCUGUCGCCAGUGGCCCGACGCAGGACCCUACCCGCAACCGCACGUCGCUAUCGCUGUCGAUCCCAGCACGCCGCCGGAGACUCCGCCGGCGCCGAUCGGACGUAGUCCAUGCCGGGCGCCGCCAGUGGAUGACGUGUUGUGGCUACCGCAUAUGAGAGAGCCGCUCGAUAUGCGCACCGUACCUUGUGGAAAUUUUGAAGAAUGGGACCGCCGGGAAUGGAGGGCCCAAGACCACCACAUCCAACAAGUCGGGCUGCGACCCGCAAGUUCUUGCUCCGCGCUGUCUCCGCGGACCGGGCCUCACCCUUCUUAUCAGCCUUCUUCUUGUGGCGACGACCUCAUUAGUGACGAUUUGCUCAUGACGUUGAGCGUUCGGGAACUGAAUAAGCGGCUUCACGGGUUUCCGCGGGAAGACGUCACGCGAUUAAAACAAAAACGUCGAACGUUAAAAAACAGAGGAUACGCUCAAAAUUGCCGCAGUAAAAGGCUUCAGCAGAGGCAGGAGUUGGAGUUGGCCAACCGUUCGCUGCAGGAUGAGUUGCAUCGGCUCCAGUUGCAGGUCGCUCGCAUGACGCACGAGCGGGAUGUGCUGAAGCAGCGGCUCUCUUUGUUGGGCUGCGAGCAUGCGGUGCCGCAGCACGCGGGCCACGCACCGCCGACGCCCCACUCUUCGCCGGAGUUCUUCUCGGAGCUGUGA